AUGCCUGGUCGCGGAACGAGAAACCCCGAGCGAAGGAGAGCACACACAGAAAAAUGGGUCAAGAGCGGUGGGCCGGAAAUGGCAAAGAAGCGCUUGGAAAGCGUCACCACAACCAGGACACUUCCAAAAUUCCCAUCGGAAUUUUUGGGCAUUAAGAAAGAUGGAAAGGCUGUCGUGGCAGCAAUGAAUGCUCACUUUCCCGGAAUAAUUCCUCGAGAAUUACCUUCUGCCAGCCCUGAUGGCCGGUUAGUAUACCCCAGGCCUCUCCCUACCGAUGGUGAACCUCUUGAUCCUGCACGCCUCCCCUACCUGGCAAUACGAUUUGACUGCUUGAUCUCUAAGCUUGCUGCCAAGCAACUUGUCCAGGCCUGGGACCUCCUCCUGGCCACACCUGUUGUUUUUCCUCCUCCCGACAAAAAUCGCUCAGCGACACCUGCUCUUCAUCUGGGGGUCUGGGAGUUAUCCCAGAGCCGGCCCUAUGUCACAGCAGAUACAUGUCAGAACUCUUCAAGUGCAAACAGAGCUAUUGACUUCCUAUUGUCCUGCAUUGGCACCCAUGUCGCGCCAAAAAUUACCCAAGCAUUUAGGGGAUUUUGCCCUGCUCAGUUUGCCCGUUUGAUGAGGGCCCAUCAACGUGUCCAGGGUAUCCUAGGAAGGACCCACAAGUAUCGCUCUCGCCCUUGUCUCAAUUUUGGGGGCAUUUUCUGUACGGUGGCAGUCAAAGAAGGGGCAAGUGAACUGCUUCACCUGGAUUGGAACGACGACGAGGAUAACAUGGCCUUUGUUCUCCCAGUUGGUGACUGGGAGGGUGGCGAGUUUUGCUCUCCUCAACUGGGUGAGAAAAUACCCAUUCGCUCUGGGCAAGUUCUUGCCAUUACUGCCCGUGUUAUUGUCCAUUGUAGUGCUCCUGUGACAAAGGGUAGACGUAUCGUCUUCACGUUAUUCACUGAUAAUAUCCUGCUUAGACAUGGAGAUAAGUACAAGCCCAAGAUGACUCUCAUGUAG